CUACUUCCGCUUUGGACCAACAUGGCCGUCGUUUGCUGACAGCCAAACAGCACUAAUGCCAGCUGUGUAAUCUGAUUGUCGUCUCCAGCUGGCUCUGUAGCUCGCUGAGCCGGGACGCGGACGCUACGUGUCGGUGUCGGCCGGUCCGGACGCCCCGCAUCACCGACAGCAGCAGCCGGCCGGUGCCGCUGCGGCGGACGGGACUCCCAGGUCUGUGUAGUGAAACUGAGGCUCAUCUCACAUGAAAUGGAUUACUCCUAAUAGUCAUCUGACCUGCAGAAAGUCAACAAUCCAGUGUCAUCAGACCAGAAUGGCAACUCUUUUCACCUUCAUGUGUUCGUCAUGAGUUGUCUCAGAUAAGUAAAGACAUUGUGUUUCCUUCCAUGUGGGAUUUGCAGUUUAGCCAGUGAAUAUGGACGCAAGCUGAGCUGAACUUUCUUGUGGCUAAAACUGCACCUGAGCCAUGGAGAAGUUUGGGAUGAGCUUUGGGGGCGGCCCCAGCAAGAAAGAGCUUCUGGACACUAUUGAAUCCCAGAAGAAGCAACUGAUCCAAUACCAAACCCGUUUCAAGGAUGUGGUCAGAGCGUAUAAGAGCCUGCUGAAGGAGAAGGAGGCUCUGGAGGCGAGUCUCAAGGUACUCACUGUGUCUCAGGAGGUUGAUCUCAGCCAGCGCACCGAUGAUGGCCCCCUCUGCGGGGCCUCUGCAGCCUCUGUUACCUCCGACCUCCCAGAUGACCACUGCUCCCUGCACAGUGAGGACAGUCUAGACACUGCUGCCUCUGCCGACACAGCUGCCAGCAUAACCAGCGAGAGCACCAGAGGUGAGCAGGCUGACGAAGAGCAUGGUGGAGCCCCUGGAGAUGUUGGGGGGUCUGGUCCUACAGGGCCCUCACUGGCCUUCAGGUCCGAGCCAGAGGCCAGCGGCUCGGAGAGCGGCAUCAGCUCCAGCAGUAGUGGAGUGCCAGACCAGCCACAACCAACACCCCCGCCUAGCAAUGCUGCUGCAGAGGCAGAUAGGAGAGUUAGCCAGCUCAAGACCCAGCUGAGCACCCUCACCAGCUCACUGGCCACAGUCACUCAGGAAAAGUCAAGGAUGGAGGCCAGUUUCCAGGCUGACAAAAGGAUCAUGAAGCAGGAGCUUGAGGAGCUGCAGGGGAGGCUGGAGGAGUGCAAGAAGCAGCACGAGGUGGAGCUGCAAGCCCUGCAGGAGCAGCUGGCUGAGAGCAAGGCCCGGGUCAUCACCCAGCAGCACGAGAGAGAGCAGGAGCAGGGCGACCAUGCCCACAUGCUACGGGAGCUCCAGAAGCUCCUCCAGGAGGAGAGGGAUCUGAGGCAGGACACUGAGCUCAAGUUAGAAGACUCAAGGGCAGCUCUGCUGGAAACCACACAGGCAGUGGACCGGGGGAUUGAGUUUGAGGCACGGCUAAAGGAAGUGAUGGAGGAACGAGAGCAGAUGAGAAAGAGACUGCAAGCAGUAGAGGCUGAGAAGAGCAAACCAGACCCAAGGGUAGAGGAGCUGCAGCAGGAGCUGGCAGAGCUCAAAAAUCACUACCAGCAGCAGUUACAGCAUGAAAUCAGAAAGGCGUCUCAGGCAGAGGAGCAUGCACGUGAACAAGCCCAAGCAGAGGAAAGCAGGGUGGCCAGUCUCGAGGAGCGAGUGUCUGAGCUGUCGGAGCUGCUGGGGGCUUGUGAGAAAGCUCGACAGAGAGACCAGCAGACCGCACACCGGCUGAAGGAGCGCAUCCUGCAGCUGGACACAGAAAACAAGACAUUGGCCAUCGCUGCCUCCAGCAGGGUCUCCUCUGACCUCAGCAUGGAUGAGGCCAACCUGGAUGUCAAUGUACUGAAAGAAAAGCUGGAAAAAGUCAAAAAGCUGCUGCUGUUGGCCUCUCAGAGGAAUCCUGAGCAGACGCUGGAGAUCGAGAAGCUCGCUGAGAUGGAGGGUGAGCAGGGCAGAACAGAGUUCUUUGAUGGAGAGAAGGCCUCGGUGCUCUACUACCAGCAGGAGCUGCGGCAGCUAAAGGAGGAGUUUGAGCGUUAUAAAGUACGGGCCCAAGUGGUGCUGAAGAACAAAAACGCUAAGGACGGUUGCCAAGCCAAGGAGCUGGAGGAAGCCCGUGAACAGCUGGCCGAGCUGAAGGAAAAGUACAUCAAUCUGCGCAUCCAAAGUGACGAGGCUGAGGUCAAGCACAGAAAUGAACUGGAGGAGCGUCAGCAGCGUCUGAUUGGACUGCAGCAGAGCCACAAACAGGAUCUGGAAAGAGUAGACGCCCAACACAGAGAGAGCCUGCUCAAGCUGGAGGGGGAACUGCACAAGCAGAGGGACCGUACUAUGGCCCUGCUGGCCGAGAAAGACCAAGAACUGGAGAAGCUGCGCUCAGCUGCUCCGAGCUAUGGCCUGCUUGGCCACCGGGGGCACAGCAGCAGCGACGAAGGAGACAGGGUGGCAGACUCCAGAGCGAUGGCAGACGGGGGCAGCAGCAGCAACAGCGAUGAGGCUAAUGUGGACGACCCCGCUCAGGACGAGAGUGACAUCAUCACCCAAGCCCUGAGACUGGCAGGGCCCAAUGAGCCCACCCUGCUCCUGUACGCCGAGCAGCUAGCCAGGAAGGAGGUGGAGAUCGGCUCCCUGCGCAGGCAGAAGCACCGUCUGGAGGAGGACGUGCACCAGCUGCAGGGGAAACUCAUCGCUAAUGGAGAGCGGCACGAUGAAGAAGUGGCUGACCUGCGAGUCCAGCUGGACAAACUGCUGAGAGACCAGGGCAGGGAAGGAGCCAACCUGGAAUACCUCAAAAACGUCAUCUACAAGUUCCUCACCCUUCAGGACAGCAGCGGGCGGCAGCAGACUCUCAACGCCAUACUGACCAUCUUACACUUUAGUCCCCAAGAGAAGCAGGCUGUGUUUAAACUGCAGGGAUCGACGUGGUGGCAGCCAGUCAAGAGAUAAUACUACUUUACUAAGAAGGGAGCAGUCAAAUCACUACUCAGUUGCCUCAGUGGAGUGUAUUUAUUUAGGGGCGGUGCUGGGAAGCAGACUCUAGCAUCAUAUUUAAUCAUUGAUGCUGUUAUUUAGUUGCCUGCUAUCAAGGAUGAACUGUCAUCUCAUUACACUCUGUUACUGCAGAAUUGCUCCAAACUUUUUAAAGUGAUUGUGUAAUUCACAGGUCUGCAGCAAGGCCAGAUUUUUUUGAUCUGAUACACCUUCCUUCAUUCAGUCGAAGGCACCAGAGUUCAGUUUUCAAAGUGAUACCAUGACAGCAGUGUUGGUGAGGUUACUUUUGAAAUGUAAGGGGGUACAGAUUACUAGUUACUCUAGUUGCAACUAUGCAACUAUUUUAAUUACUUCAUCAAAGUAAUGUAACUUAUUACAUUUGAUUACUUUUUGAUUGCUUGUCUAACAAAUGUUUUCAACCAGACAAUAAAGCUGCAGUGUCCCAAAAACAUAAAUUAUACCAGACAGUGUAAACCUCACAGCAGAUCUCAACACUAAGUGACAUUUUUUUUUUUUAUUAAAAAUUCUUCAGUAUAACCUGAAUUAAGAUCGGAAUGUUUUGAUUUUUAGGCACAACCACCAAAAGAGAUCACCAGUAUGUAGAUCACAAACAAAGCACUGUGAUGUGCUCAGCUGGUCGCAGCCAGCCAAGAGUCAGGUUGCUCAGAGCGAUGGGCACUGAUUUAAUUGGCAGACAAGAGACAGUGCAGAUUCAAAUGAGAACAAAUCAAAAACAAUGCUAAAAAUUUUAGCACAUACUGCCAAAUAAAUGGAGCCUGUCUAAAUUUAGAGGCAGUUUCUUGUAUUCCCUGGAUGGUGUUGCACUCAAAUUUGUCCCAACAGCUUUGGUGAUCUGUGUUGUCCAGAAAUCUGCCAACAGAAGGCAUUUUUGCACAGCAAAAAGAUGCAAAGCAGCAGAAUGAAUGUUAUAUUCCACAUGUAAGCUUUUCACUGAAAAGAAUACAUUGGGAUGUAACCCCCCCUUGUAAUCACCAACUUUAGGAUUGGUAACUAAUUUAAUAUUUUUUUCCCUUAGUACCUGUAACUGGUUACAAUUUAUUUUGUAAUGUAUUUACAUGCAAGUAGUUACAUGUAACUACUGAAUCCCCAACACUGCAUAACAGCCACGCACAUUAUGAGGGAAAAUGUAGUUUGAUUGCCUUGAGAAUUUUCAUUCCAUCAAUGAGGAAAAAUACCUCUAAUCUUGCACAUAAACCUCUGCAGUUAUUUAAACAUUUGAACCAUUGCCCUGUGUGAAACAAAAAUAUAUAUUUGAGUGAUUAAAAUUAUCUUAUGUCAAGUGCAUAAUGUAGCUUCAGUGCUUUCUCCCUUGUAUGUAUUGUGUAUAUAUCAAGAUCUUUGACGGUGGGUAAUUUUUCAAGCAGUGGUUUGGAUGAUGACUUUUGUUAAUGCAGUACUUCAUAUCAUUUAUGUAUAUUUUUGAUUCCCUGGUUGAAAUAAAGCUAUUUUUCCCUUGUUCA